AUACAGACAUACAGACACACUCUCUCUCUAAGAAAGAGGUGCUCCGCCUCCCUCCCUCCCUCCCUUGUCAGCUACGCAACGAUCUCACAUUUGCAUUCAUCACAGGGAUAGAUAGAGAGAGGGUUGCAAAUUGCAAUGCUUCUGUAGGAGUGUGUGUUUGUGUGUGAGAGAGAGAAAGAGCAACCGCUUCAUUCCAUUUUUUGCUUCUCCUUCCUUCUAUAUUGCCGAUAUUCAUGCCAAGGAAGAACAAAUCUUGAUGCCCUCUAUCUGAAUCUAAUCAAGGAGGCUGCCUGUGUCAAGGGACGGCCGGAUCUGAGUAGGAGACCUCGAAGAAAUGGCGGCCACACUGGCUUGGAGGGCGGCUGCUUCCAAUGGCAGCACCGUUCAUCCCAAUGAUUUGGAGAGAAAUGGUGAUGCUAAACCUCAUGAUUCAGAGCCUCCGACUCCUCACGCUCUUGUGAAAUUGAGUUCAAGAGAUAGGAGCAGCAUGGAAGACCCUGAUGGGACAUUAGCAAGUGUUGCACAAUGCAUCGAACAGUUGCGUCAGAGUUCUUCCUCAUCCCAAGAAAAAGAGAAUGGCUUGAAGCAAUUACUUGAUCUAAUCAAUACACGGGAUAAUGCUUUCGGGGCAGUUGGAUCUCAUUCUCAAGCAGUUCCAGUUCUUGUCUCUCUUCUUCGGUCUGGAUCACUUGGUAUCAAAAUACAGGCUGCCACUGUUUUAGGUUCUCUGUGCAAAGAGAAUGAAUUACGGGUCAAGGUGCUACUUGGCGGUUGCAUUCCUCCAUUGCUUGGUCUUCUCAAAUCAAACUCUGUGGAAGGCCAGAUUGCCGCAGCAAAGACGAUAUACGCUGUCUCUCAAGGUGGUGCCAAGGACCAUGUUGGCUCAAAAAUAUUUUCAACAGAAGGGGUUGUGCCUGUGCUAUGGGAACAACUAGAAAAAGGUCUUAAAGCUGGAAAUGUGGUUGAUGACUUGCUAACUGGAGCCUUGCGGAGUCUCUCAAGCUGCACAGAGGGAUUUUGGCCAGCAACAGUUCAAGCCGGUGGAGUUGAUAUACUUGUCAAAUUGCUUACCACUGGACAAUCAAGUACCCAAGCAAAUGUAUGCUUUCUCUUAGCAUGCAUGAUGAUGGAGGAUGCCUCUGUUUGUUCAAGAAUCUUAGCUGCAGAAGCCACUAAACUUCUUCUCAAGCUGAUCGGAUCUGGAAAUGAUGCCCCUGUAAGAGCUGAAGCAGCAGCUGCAUUGAAAUCUCUUUCAGCACAGUGCAAAGAAGCUAGGCGCGAGAUUGCUAAUGCCAAUGGUAUUCCUGUAUUGAUAAAUGCUACAAUAGCUCCUUCGAAAGAGUUCAUGCAGGGUGAGUUUGCUCAAGCUUUGCAAGAGAACGCAAUGUGUGCCCUCGCAAACAUAUCUGGUGGUCUGUCGUUUGUCAUCUCAAGCCUUGGUCAAAGCCUUGAAUCAUGUAGCUCUCCUGCACAAGUAGCUGACACUCUUGGAGCUUUGGCUUCUGCACUGAUGAUAUAUGACAAUAAAGCUGAAUCCGCAAGACCAUCAAAUCCCAUGGAGGUGGAGAAAACAUUGGUACAGCAGUUCAAGCCUCAGUCACCCUUUCUGGUACAGGAACGUACAAUAGAAGCGUUGGCCAGUUUGUACGGAAAUGGUGUAUUAGCAUGCAAACUUGCUAAUUCUGAUGCAAAAAGACUGCUUGUUGGUUUGAUAACAAUGGCCACCAAUGAAGUGCAGGAGGAGCUGAUUAGAUCCCUUCUCACUCUCUGCAACAAUGAAGGCCCUUUAUGGCAAGCACUUCAAGGCCGUGAAGGGAUUCAGCUUUUGAUAUCUCUUCUUGGUCUUUCAUCAGAGCAGCAGCAAGAAUGUGCUGUUGCAUUACUUUGCCUUUUGUCCCAUGAAAAUGAUGAAAGUAAAUGGGCUAUUACUGCUGCUGGUGGUAUCCCACCACUUGUUCAAAUUCUAGAGACUGGGUCUGCCAAGGCUAAAGAAGAUUCUGCCACAAUCCUUGGUAACCUCUGUAAUCAUAGCGAGGACAUACGAGCCUGUGUGGAAAGUGCUGAUGCCGUCCCUGCUUUACUGUGGCUGCUGAAGAAUGGAAGUCCCAAUGGGAAGGAGAUUGCUGCAAAAACCUUAAAUCACUUGAUUCAUAAGUCAGAUACUGCAACAAUCAGCCAACUUACUGCAUUGCUUGUCAGUGAUUUGCCUGAAUCUAAACUUUAUGUCUUAGAUGCGCUAAAAAGCUUGCUUUGUGUGGCUCCUUUGAAUGAUAUGGUACGCGAAGGUAGUGCAGCAAAUGAUGCAAUUGAGACGAUGAUAAAAAUAUUAAGUGCUUCAAAUGAAGAGACUCAAGAGAAGUCUGCACUAGCUCUUGCUGGGAUUUUUAAUCUCAGAAAGGACUUGCGUGAGACAAGCAUUGCUGUCAAGACACUUUGGUCGGUGAUCAAACUUUUAAAUGUUGAAGCUGAAAACAUCUUGGUGGAAGCUUGUCGUUGCCUUGCUGCUAUCUUUCUAUCCGUUAAAGACAACCGGGAUGUGGCUGCUGUUGCUAGAGAUGCUUUGCCUUUGUUAGUGGUGCUUGCAAACUCUUCAUCCCUGCCAGUCGCAGAGCAAUCAGUUUGUGCUAUGGCCAAUCUCCUAUUAGACGGUGAAGCUGCAGAAAAAGCUAUCUCAGAAGAAAUUAUAUUACCUGCCACUAGAGUUUUGCGUGAAGGCUCUAAUAUUGGACAGAUACAUGCAUCAGCGGCAAUUGCUCGACUCCUCCAUUCUCGUCAGAUAGAUUCUGCUUUAACUGAAUGUGUAAAUCGUACUGGAACAGUACUUGCUAUGGUUUCUUUUCUGGAAACUGCUGAUACUGAAUCUAUUGCUACGUCGGAGGCUUUAGAUGCACUUGCUUUUCUUUCAAGGUCAGCUGGAGAUAUUGGGUCCAUUAAACCUGCUUGGGCAGUUCUUGCUGAAUUCCCAAGCAGCAUUGCCCCAAUUGUUUCAUGUAUUGCUGGCGCCACACCUCUGUUGCAGGAUAAAGCUAUAGAAAUCUUAUCUCGUCUGUGCCGGACACAGCCUGUAAUUCUUGGGAACUCAAUUGCCUGUUCCACUGGAUGCAUUUCAUUCAUUGCAAGAAGGGUAAUCAGUUCCUCUAACGCAAAAGUUAGAGUUGGAGGGGUUGCACUUCUUGUCUGUACUUCCAAAGUCAACCAUCAGAGAGUAGUAGAAGAUUUAAAUGAGUCUAACUUGUGCGCUUCGCUCAUUCAUUCUCUUGUGGGAAUGUUGUCUUCUGCAGAGCCUUCUCAAGUUGGAGAUCAAGACAACAAGGAUAUAAUAAGUAUUUCCAGGAUAAUUGAAGAUGAAGCUAGCAACCAUGACUCAGAGAGAUGCACAUCACAAGUUAGUGGUACCAAUAUAGCCAUAUGGCUUCUUUCUGCUCUUGCUAGUGGUGAUAACAAAAGCAAACUUGAGAUCAUGGAGGCUGGUGCAAUUGAAGCUCUCACGGACAAAAUUUCUCAAUUCUUGUCCCAAUAUUCAGUGGUUGAUUAUAAAGAUGAUGGUAGCACAUGGCUUUGUGCCUUAUUGUUGGCUAUAUUAUUUCAAGAUAGAGAUAUCAUUCGUGCACAUGCAACUAUGAAAGCAAUUCCAGUGCUGACAAGUUUGUUAAGAUCAGAAGAGGGGACAAACAGAUAUUUUGCUGCACAAGCUGUGGCCAGCCUUGUCUGCAAUGGGAGCAGGGGAACUCUUCUGUCUGUUGCAAACUCAGGGGCAGCAUCAGGGCUCAUUUCCUUGCUUGGUUCUGCUGAUGAUGACAUACGUGACCUUCUGGAAUUGGCUGAGGAGUUUGGUUUGGUUAGCUAUCCUGAUCAAGUUGCCCUUGAAAGAUUAUUUAGGGUUGAUGACAUCAGGUUUGGUGCAACUUCUAGAAAAGCUAUACCAGCCCUUGUUGAUUUGCUCAAACCUAUUCCAGAUCGUCCUGGGGCACCUUUUCUUUCUCUGGGUCUUCUUAUCCAGCUUGCUACAGAUUGUCCUACUAACCAAGUCGUUAUGGUUGAGUCAGGAGCCUUGGAAGGGUUGACAAAAUAUCUAUCUCUUGGUCCUCAAGAUGCAUAUGAGGAAGCAGCAACUGAUUUGCUUGGGAUUUUGUUCAGCACACCUGAGAUACGGAGACACGACUCUGCAUUUGGUGCAGUUAGUCAACUUGUGGCAGUUUUGCGCUUAGGUGGAAGAGCAGCAAGAUAUAGUGCUGCAAAGGCCUUGGAGAAUUUAUUUUCUGCUGAUCAUGUCAGGAAUGCUGAAUCUGCCAGGCAAGCUGUUCAACCUUUGGUGGAAAUUCUAAAUACAGGCAUGGAGAAGGAGCAGCAUGCUGCUAUUGCAGCUUUAGUUAGAUUGCUGAAUGAGAACCCAUCAAAGGCACUUGCAGUUGCUGAUGUUGAGAUGAAUGCUGUUGAGGUGUUGUGUAAAAUUCUUUCAUCGAAUUACUCAAUGGAGCUUAAGGGGGAUGCUUCUGAGUUGUGCUCCGUACUGUUUGGAAACACAAGAAUAAGAUCAACUCUAGCGGCUGCCCGCUGUGUUGAGCCUUUAGUUUCUCUGCUUGUAACUGAGUAUAGUCCAGCUCAUUACUCUGUUGUCCGUGCAUUGGAUAAACUCCUGGAUGAUGAACAACUAGCUGAGCUUGUUGCUGCACAUGGUGCUGUUAUCCCUCUUGUAGGCCUUCUAUAUGGUCGAAAUCAUUUGCUCCAUGAGGCUAUAUCUAGAGCUCUUGUUAAGUUAGGUAAAGAUCGACCUGCAUGCAAGAUGGAAAUGGUCAAAGCAGGUGUUAUAGAGUGUGUACUUGAAAUACUUCAAGAAGCACCUGACUUUUUGUGUGCAGCAUUUGCUGAAUUGCUCCGGAUACUGACAAAUAAUGCUACCAUUGCUAAAGGUCCAUCUGCUGCAAAAGUGGUCGAGCCUCUUUUCCAGUUGCUGGCGAGACCAGAGUUUGGGCCUGAUGGUCAACAUAGCACAUUGCAGGUUCUUGUGAAUAUAUUGGAGCAUCCGCAAUGUCGUGCUGAUUAUACUCUUACAUCUCAACAAGCUAUAGAACCCCUCCUACCUUUGCUCGACUCCCCUGCUUCGGCAGUGCAACAGUUGGCUGCUGAGCUUCUGUCCCACCUGCUGUUGGAGGAGCAUCUUCAGAGAGACCCAUUGACUCAGCAGGUGAUUGGUCCACUGGUACGCAUUCUUGGUUCCGGCAUUCCUAUUCUGCAGCAGAGGGCUGUGAGAGCUCUUGUCAGUGUGGCGGUAAUCUGGCCAAAUGAAAUUGCGAAAGAGGGGGGUGUAGGUGAGCUGUCCAAAGUCAUACUUCAAGCUGAUCCUCUACUUCCUCAUGCCUUAUGGGAGUCUGCUGCAUCUGUGUUGUCUGGCAUUCUGCAGUUCAGUUCUGAGUUUUAUUUAGAAGUGCCUGUAGCAGUGUUGGUCAGGUUGCUUCGUUCAGGGUCAGAAAGCACGGUUGUCGGUGCACUUAAUGCUCUUCUAGUGUUGGAGAGUGAUGACUCAACCAGUGCUCAAGCAAUGGCUGAAAGUGGGGCAAUUGAGGCUCUUCUGGACCUUCUUAGAAGCCAUCAGUGCGAGGAAACGGCUGCCAGGCUUCUUGAGGUGUUGCUAAACAAUGUGAAAAUUCGAGAAUCCAAAGCUACAAAAUCUGCGAUUUUGCCAUUGUCUCAAUACCUCUUAGAUCCUCAAACACAAGGUCAGCAGGCGAGGUUGUUGGCAACCCUUGCACUUGGUGAUCUAUUUCAGAAUGAGACACUUGCUCGAACAGCUGAUGCUGUUUUGGCUUGCCGGGCAUUAGUGAAUCUCCUUGAGGAUCAACCUACUGAAGAAAUGAAAGUAGUAGCUAUAUGCGCUUUGCAGAACCUUGUGAUGUACAGCAGAUCAAAUAAAAGAGCAGUUGCUGAAGCUGGUGGCGUUCAGGUUGUACUUGAUCUGAUCAGUUCUAGCGAUCCUGAAACAUCAAUGCAGGCUGCAAUGUUUAUCAAACUUCUUUUCUCCAACAAUACCAUUCAAGAAUACGCCUCUAGUGAAACAGUGAGAGCUAUAACAGCUGCAAUUGAGAAAGACUUGUGGGCUACCGGCACAGUGAAUGAGGAGUAUUUAAAGGCUCUCAAUUCAUUAUUUGGCAACUUUCCUCGUCUGAGAGCCACCGAACCUGCAACCCUGAGCAUUCCUCAUCUUGUUACCUCUCUUAAGACUGGAUCGGAGGCCACCCAAGAAGCUGCAUUGGAUGCACUAUUUCUUCUUAGGCAAGCUUGGUCAGCCUGUCCAGCCGAAGUUUCUCGUGCGCAAUCUAUUGCUGCAGCGGAUGCAAUACCCCUUUUACAGUACUUGAUCCAGUCAGGGCCACCGCGUUUUCAGGAGAAAGCGGAAUUUCUGCUUCAGUGUUUGCCAGGGACACUGGUGGUGAUAAUCAAGCGAGGAAACAACAUGAGACAAUCUGUCGGAAAUCCCAGUGUGUACUGCAAAUUAACCCUUGGAAACACUCCUCCUCGGCAAACCAAGGUUGUAUCUACUGGUCCGAAUCCUGAUUGGGACGAGAGCUUUGCAUGGUCCUUCGAAAGUCCUCCCAAAGGACAGAAGCUUCACAUUUCCUGCAAGAACAAGAGCAAAAUGGGAAAGAGCUCAUUUGGAAAGGUGACCAUCCAAAUCGACCGUGUAGUAAUGUUAGGAGCAGUUGCAGGCGAGUACACACUGCUGCCCGAAAGCAAAAGUGGGCCGUCAAGGAAUCUGGAAAUCGAAUUCCAAUGGUCUAACAAAUAAGGUCUGUGUUUGCCAAUCUCAACUUGGAAAGUGAGUCAUCAUACUUGUUUAAUGAUCUGCAGAUUUUUGAUUGAGUUCUUUAAAAGCAGCCAUAUUUAUGAAUCGAGCUUUACCUGCAACAGUGUAUAUAGAGUUAUACUAUAAUAUAUACUUGGGCAAAUUGUUUGUAGUUAAGUACAUGGGCACGUGUCGAUGAUUGUAUUCAUUUGUAAUUUUGUUGUUUAUUUGGGUGAUUGAUUUGCUUAGAUUUGGUUUUUAGUACAUUUGCAACCACAUUUGUAUUCCCAUUUGAGAUGGAAUUGAAUUCAUUGUGAUUCUGAGAUCUAUAUAUGUGUAUGUAUUUCUUUC